CAGCCGGAGAGCAAAACAGCGAAUUUUCGGUAAGUGGACGUAGAAGACCGAGCUACAACGAGCAUCUUUAAGGCUUUUCUUGGAAGGGUUAAAAAGACUUUCUUGGAACGGAAAGACUUUAACACAACUGCAUUCCCUAAUUCAGUGUCCUCCCCUUCAUUACAGGAUGGGGAAGCUGGGCAUCUUCACAAUUCUGUGUUUAGCUUUAAUGCUAUUGCUACAUGACACAUCAGCAAGCAAGAAAGGUUCAAGUAACAAGAAGCCUCCCACUAAAACUUCAUCAUCAUCUUCUUCUAACAAGCCUCAGCAGGGGAGCAACACCCCACCCAACUAUCCCAGGCAGCCCAAACCAAAUCCUGCAGGUGGGAGUUAUCCUGCAGGCGGGAGUUAUCCUGCAGGCGGGAGUUAUCCUGCAGGCGGGAGUUAUCCUGCAGGCGGGAGUUAUCCUGCAGGUGGGAGUUAUCCUGCAGGCGGGAGUUAUCCUGCAGGUGGGAGUUAUCCUGCAGGCGGGAGUUAUCCUGCAGGUGGGAGUUAUCCUGCAGGCGGGAGUUAUCCUGCAGGUGGUAGUUAUCCAGCAGGUGGGAGUUAUCCUGCAGGUGGUAGUUAUCCAGCAGGUGGGAGUUAUCCUGCAGGUGGGAGUUAUCCAGCAGGUGGGAGUUAUCCUGCAGGUGGUAGUUAUCCAGCAGGUGGGAGUUAUCCUGCAGGUGGGAGUUAUCCAUCAGGAGGGCAAUAUCCAGGACAAGGGGGCUCCAGUCAUCCCAACAAGUACCCUGGAGGUGGGAAUUACCCAGCUGGAGGACAGUAUCCAGGACAUGGGGGGAGUAGUCCUGGAGGGUAUCCUAACCAGAAUCCAGGAACAGGAGGUGUGAAUCAAGGUGGGCAUCCCAACAAGUACCCUGGAGGUGGGCAUUACCCAGCUGGAGGACAGUAUCCAGGACAAGGGGGAAGUAGUCCUGGAGGGUAUCCUAACCAGUAUCCAGCAAGAGGGGGUGUAAAUCCAGGUGGGUAUCCCAAUCACUACCCUUCAGGUGGUAGUUACCCAUCUGGUGGCCAGUACCCUGGAGGAGGGGGUGUAAAUCCUAACCAGUAUCCUGCAGGGAGAGGAUACCCUGCAGCUGGUGGCUACCCAGUGAGGCCAGAAGGACAGCCAGGAGGAUACCCAGGGGGAUAUCCAUCCAUGGGAGGAUCAUAUCCUAACUGGAAUCCCAACAACAAAAUUCUUAGUCCCCGCUAUGGAGGUGGAUUUGGGAGUCCAGGGUAUGGAACUGGUGGCUCCCCAUUCUCAAAAACGGUUAACAACAUGGGCUAUAAACCAUCUGUGAAGUCCAAAGGCUUUGCCAAAAAGGCAAUUUUGGCAGCUGGAGUUGGGGCUAUGACAGGAAUGGCAGUAGGGUAUGGCCUGGGUCGUUUUCCACGGCCACACUUUCAGUUCAGCAACCGCCAAGAGGAGCAGUACUACAACCAUUACAUGCAACAACGCUAUGGCAUGAAAUCUACUGACACAAAUGACUAUAAACGUGACUAUACAUUCAAACCACCGCCUAAGGCCCAGACUUAUGAAAAAUACAUGGACAACUGUAUGAACAGAUCUGACCUCUUGCAAAAUCGUGAUGCAAAGAUCAGUGUCGUCAGUGCCAUGAAUGGAUCACUUGCAGUUUCCAGUGGCAUUUCUGAGAAUGGUACGACUAAGCCUGUGGAGUCUCAAGAGAGCGAUGAUACAGUGAGCAUCACAGAGAUUGGUUACCCUGCACUCAUUCAGCAAAUGAAGGCUCGUAAAUGUGUACAACUCUACAUGGCAUACUCUGAGAGCUUCCUGCAGAAGCAGACACAACAGAAACCCAACAGUAGUGACCUACCUGGACAUCCUGGACUCCUUGUACUGCUCAUAACUGCCAUCAUGUCUCUCGGCAGCAACUUCUUGCUGCAGUGACAGCAAGGACAUGACCCUAGGGUGUGUUAAGUGUCAGACUAGGCUCAUCAAAAAUUCACCGGUAUUCAAUAUUCAUGUCACAAUCAUUACUUGACAUAUCACAAUAUUAUCAUAUUAUUAUUAUAGCAUGUUUUACAGUACCUGUCAUUUAUAUCCAGUAAACAUAGACAGCGAUACGACUUAGUCUUAAUCUUUUAUCCUCACCACAAUGCAACUGCUUGCUAGCUUCUCUGUAACUAAACUUCUAGCAAAGGCAAAGCUGACUGAUAUGGCUAGUUAACAAGCUUGUGCAAUACUUAAGAGUUAAUUUAAAACAUUACCAUAUUUCUCUUUGGUAAUGGAAAAUUAUUUUAUGAAGAAACAGUCAGGAAUUGUGGUUUUGCACUGAGAAUAAUCUGUAUAUUCUGCAUUAUUAUUAUUAUUAUUAUUAUUAUUAUUAUUAUUUUCAAUGAUAAAUUAUGUGUGACUUUUUGGUGUCUUUUUA